GUUUCAUAUUCCGUGGUCGUUUUGAGUCUCGCGGGCGGUAAAUGUCUGGAAGCAGCGUUGUGAUCAUAUUGGUCUUGGGGCUCACUUGCAAGCAUCCAUUGAAGCGCACAUAGCGUUUGGAUGGGUGCAUCAUAUUGCGAGGUUUUGCGAGGAAUCAUGCAGAUAGUCGUGAAAUUUCAGAUCUGCUUAACCCACAGCCUAUCAGAUUCAACGCGCACGAUUCAGAUGUGGUCGAAAUCCGGGUGCUUAGCACUUGCAACACAGCUAAAGCGAUUGUGCCCUUAUUCUUACUUCGCUUCAACUCACUACUACUAGCAUUCACCAUGACUUCGAGAAAAGGUAACUCAUCGAGGGAUUCGACUCAAGGAUCUAGUCAAGUAACAGAUCCUGGAGGCUCGCAUCGACCCCGUAACAAAAUCGGACAGUUUCUGAAGAAGCUCAAGGAGGGUACAAAAAGGUUUAAGAGGCGCUCGAAGGAUUCACGCAGCCAAGUCAGCCCUGCUCCUCCAAGUAGUGAACGUCCAUCUACCCCAAAUACCGAUGCUGCUCCAUCUGAUGUGGAAAUCGAGGCUGAUACUGAAUCGGCACUUCGGGGUGCACAAGAGGUUGCAAAUCGCAUGCAUCCACUUUCAGGCCCUGCGAUAACUGCAGCAUCUGUCGUCGAAGGCGGACCAGAGGGUCUCGAUGCUGCUAACGAUCUCCCGGAGACAUAUCUCAAACCCCUCAGGAUAUUCGACGAUGUUAUCGGGAAGAUCGCUGAUUUACAUCCAUAUGCAAAGAUGGCACUGGGCGUGUUGUCUUGUACCGCCAAAAUCAUUCUAGCUCAAACGAAUCGUGACGCAGCGGUACUCAAACUUCUGAAGAAGUUGUGCGAAGUUUACGACUUCAUAACACAAGACGGGAAGCUUGACCAACAACUGUCCAUGCGCGCUACUAGUGUUCUUGGAAAGAUUUCUAAGCAGAUACGUGAAUGCGCCAAUUUCAUCAGUAAUUAUUCGGAGACCAGCAACUUUUGGAAGAGACUCGGAAAGAACAUCGCCUCGGAAACGACAGAUACGAUCCAAAAGUACAAUGACGUGUUAGAUGGGCUCAUGGACAACUUCCGGCACCAAGUUUUGCUCGAUGUAGCCGUACGGGUCGACGACAUAGACAUACAGGUCCAUCAUAUAGG